AUGACACCCAUCUGUCUGCUUCCCGCCGUUUCGCUGGCCUUGCUGUCUUUUCGUACUGUGUCUUCGCACAGAGACGUGCUCGAGCUCGGGGACGCGGACUUUGAGUACCUGGCAACCGGGCACGAGACCAUGCUGGUGAAGUUCUACGCUCCAUGGUGUGGUCACUGCAAAAAACUGGCUCCAGAAUUUGAGAAGGCAGCAAUGCGUUUGAAGGGAGCUGUUCAAUUAGCAAAGGUGGACUGCACCGCUCACUCAGACACCUGUGGUCAUUUUGGGGUCACUGGGUAUCCCACUCUAAAGAUCUUCAGGUACGGCAAGGACUCGGCACCUUAUGAUGGACCACGCACUGCAGAUGGAAUCUAUAACUACAUGAAGAAGCAGACUGGUCCAGACUCUGUUUACUUGAAGACUAAAGAAGACCUUCAGACCUUUGUCAACAGCUAUGAUGCGAGUAUUGUUGGUGUUUUCUCAGGUUCUGACAGCUCUCGUCUGGAUGAGUUUCUGAAUGCUGCUGGCCUGUUGAGAGAACAGUUCAGAUUUGCUCACGUCACAGAUUUGCAGAUAGCCGAGGAGCAUGUUGGCUCCGAGAGUGUGUUGCUGUUCAGACCUCCUAGACUGGCCAACACGUUUGAGGACGGUGUUGCUGUUUUUAAAGAUUAUCUGACCAUCAGCUCUCUUAGACGCUUCAUCAGAGAUCACAUCUUUGGUUUGUGUCCUCACAUGACGAUGGAGAACAGAGAUCGUCUAAGAGUUCGAGACCUCCUGACAGCAUAUUACGACUUGGAUUAUCAUCACAACGUCCGAGGGUCCAACUACUGGAGGAACAGGGUGAUGAAGGUGGCAUCUCAGUACACUGGACGUGGCUUAAUGUUCUCUGUAGCCAAUAAGAAGGACUUCCAAUUUGAGCUGGAGGAUGACUAUGGUCUGGGAACAUCGGACGGGGGCGAGCUGCCAUUUGUCACAAUCCGGACCAAACUGGGCCACAAAUAUGUCAUGAGGGAGGAGUUCACGAGGGAUGGUCAGUCACUGGAGAGGUUUCUGGAAGAUUAUUUUGCAGGUCGUCUCAAACGUUACGUCAAAUCUGAGCCCAUACCUGAGAAAAACACCGGUCCUGUUAAGGUGGUUGUUGCAGAGUCAUUUGAUGACAUCGUGAAUGAAUCAGAUAAAGAUGUUUUGAUUCAGUUUUACUCUCCGUCCUGUCCACACUGCAAGAAGUUGGUACCGGUCUACAGAGAGCUGGCUGACACGUUGUAUUCUGACCCAAACAUUGUCAUUGCCAAGAUGAAUGCUGUUGAUAAUGAUGUCCCGCUGGGAUACGAUGUCCAAGGCUUUCCAACCAUUUAUUUUGCUCCAGUUGGUAAAAAGGACAAUCCCAUAAGAUACCAGGGCACUCGAGAGCUCAAAGACUUCAUGAAGUUCCUGAAGCAUGAAGCCAGUCACAGUCUGGUGCUUACUGGGUUUAAGGAUGAACUGUGACCCAUCUUCACCCACUGAUCAGAACUGACUACGGUCAAUACAACCACCUAUUUUCUGUGAUUAAAACCAGAUGUGAAGAGACGGAGUCUUAGUGCUGCAGACAUGACUUGAACUUGAACCAGAAAUAGCAAAUGGAGCAUUCACUCAUUAAUGUUUCUAACAAAACAAACUGAGUCCAAUCACUUUUUUUCUCAUUACCCAAAUGAUUAGUCUUUCAUGUUGUAUAUCCUCAUUAAAUUAUUGUAUUUAUUGAUCAUCUUAUUUACAGAACCA